AUGCCUGAACUAGUGGCAAAAAUCACACCGGACACGGAACGUCAUACCCGAUUUACUGAAACUCAGGCUGGUGCUCUUAUCUGUCAUGAUUACGAUCAGCAAAAAUACUAUCGGUGUUAUCAGUCGGAAGUCGAUCUGGAUAUUAUUCGACGUUUCGUAUCACGAAAUUUAUGCACCAGUUAUCCGGAUGUGACUGUACGAUAUUUUGCCAUGAACUGGCCGGAAUUGUGUAUUUUUUUUACUGGAGGGGACGGACAAGCUGCAACCACAUGUUGGAUGUUAAGAGCAGUGAAAAGAAAUUACUUAAGUGCUUGUGUAAAUUCUAUACGUUUCCGACAAUCGCAUUCGGUUCUCUUUCAGUGUUUCACUGAUACACAUAUUCCCAUUGGACUAAUCAUUGGACACCAAACGGAACCGCAUAUUGGCCGAAUUCCGAUGUUUGCCGUAGAAGACCGCGUGGAGAAAAAUUUGGUUUGUAAGUUCAACAUUUCAACCAUUUGCGUUAAACGACAAUCGUCGAAUAGACAGAAAACUAUUAGAUUUGCUGUUAGCAAAAAUGCAAGAAAUCGGAAUUCACACGGUGAGUUACCACUGUUAAUUUUUACUCGUCAAUUUUAA